UGGAGAGAAACCGUCCUCUGAUACAUGUUUUAUCACACUCGAUACAUUCCACCUUGAUAGAUAGAAGAAGAGGAAAAGAUGAAUUUGGGACAAAAGAAAUUACUGAUCACAAGAGUAUUGUCCAGUUAUCAUCAACAUCAUUCAUUUCUAUUAUGUUUGAGAGAAUAUAACUCAGGAGGCAGCAAUAAUAAUAAUAAUAGUAGGAUGUCACCACUUGAGAAAUUUGUGAGAGAUGAGUGUAUGUCUGGAAGAAUUAAGAAGCUUGAUGAUGGUUUGAAAUACUUUGAUCAACUGAUUCUCGAAAGGCCAUCGCCAUCAAAUGUUAUAUUUAAUCAUGUAUUGGGAUCAUUAUCGAAGAUCAAAUGUUACACAGAUGUCAUUAUGUUGUAUAAGAAGAUGUGUCUGGUUGGAGUAAAACCUGAUUUUGUUACAUUGAACAUCUUGAUUAAUUGUUGCUGUCAACUAGGAAAAGUUGAUCAUGGGUUUUGUUUGCUUGGAGAGAUCAUAAAGAGAGGUUAUCACUCUAAUGUUACCACUUUCACUACCCUGAUUAAGGGUCUGUGUCUGCAAGAAGAGAUUAUUUUUGCAAUCAAAGUGUUCGACAAAAUGACUGACACAGGUAUUCAGCCAAAUGUGGUUACAUGUACUACCCUUAUAUCUGGGCUUUGUAGAAUCGGUAAUGUGGGUCGUGCUAUUCAGCUGAAAAACAAUAUGGGGAAAUGGAACUGCAGACCUAAUGUUGUUUCAUAUUGUGCGAUUAUGGAUACCCUUUGCAAAGGAGGGCUAGUUGAUGAAGCUUUAAUCCUCUUCUCUGAAAUGCUUGGAGAUUCAAAUGUUGUCCCGAAUGUAGUUGUUUAUAAUUCUAUGAUCAAUGGACUUUGCAAUUCAGGACGGCUGAAUGAGGCAAGGAGACUCCUUGAAGAGAUGGCUGAUAGAGGAAUAUCUGCUGAUGUAACGACUUAUAACUCUUUGAUUCAUGGUCACUGCUUACAUGGUGAAUUGGAAGAAGCAAGAAGAUACUUUGAUGAAAUGAUGGAUCUAGGGCUUUCAUCUGAUACAGUAACCUUUAGUAUCUUAAUAGAUUCACAUUGUAAAGACGGAAUGAUAGAAGAUGCUUGGGGAUUAUUUGAACUGAUGGACAAGAUAAACAUACAACCUAAUCAGAUUACUUAUAAUUCGAUGAUGGGCAGUCUGUGCUUGGCAGGCCAGCUGCAAGAAGCGGUUAAACUGUUUGAGUCAAUGGUAGAUAGGGGCCUUGCGCCAAAUGAGUUCAACUACGGUGUGUUAAUCGAUGGGUAUUGCAAGAAUCGUAAGUUGGAUGAAGCUAUGCAGUUAUUCAAUAAAAUGAAACAAAAUGGAUUGGAACCCUCAAUUGUUACAUACACUAUACUAUUAAGGGGAAUAUACCUGGAUGGAAGAGUGAAGACUGCUCAGAGGUUUCUUAAUGAGAUGCAAUCUUUAGGUCUAUCUCCAAAUGAAGUUACAUAUGGUACAAUUUUGGAUGGUCUCUUCAAGAAUGGGAAAGUGGAGGAGGCAAUAGAGUUGUUUGAAUCCAUCGAGGGUACUGGUAUCCCAGCUGAUAAUUACAUGUACAACAUUCUUAUUCAUGGUCUGUGUCAGGCUGGCAUGAUAGAAGAUGCAAGAAAACUGUUUAUUGAAUUUCCAAAAAAGGGAUUAUUGCCUGAUGUAGUAACAUAUACCACAAUGAUAAAUGGCCUCUUUCGUUGCAAGAUGUUAUUGAAAUGGAAGAGAAGUGUUGUUUGCCAAAUGCUAGGACAUAUGAUACCAUCAUCAAGGUUUUCUCGAUAGAAAAAAACUGUCAAGGCCUUGCAAUUUCUUGGCAAGAUGCGUGAAAGAAACUUUGCACCAAGUGAUUCUGUUAUUUCUUUGUUAGUAAAUACCCUCUCAGCAGUUGAGCUAAAACCUCUGUAGGUUUUUUGUUUGUUAUGUUAUUGUGGAGGUAGGACGGAAUCUGAUUCUCUCAGGUUCUUCAAACGAGUACAGUGCAGUAUGGACUGCUGGUAGUUGGUCUUUGCAGAUCCCUAAGAUUAAUAGAACAACAGCGAACAUGUAAAAGAGCAAUUCUGAAGCUUCCAGUUUCAGACUUUAAGCACAAAAGAGAAGAUUUAGUGGCAUAUAUCUUUACCUUGUUUACCAGUGUAUGGUGUGCCUUACAGACUGUACAAUAGAGUGAUUUAGUGACUUUUUUAACUUUCUUUUCCUAUUUAUUUGUCAUA